GUACAGGGAUUGCGUUACUCCUUUUGACGGGUUAAACUUAAUUUUGAUCACGUCUAUUUUCCGUAGUAAAGCAUCGUACGUAUAUACGUCACAACUAUGGCGGCGCUCUUUAGAAGGACAGAACACGGAAGCAUUAAAAAGCUGGUCAUGUUAUCGAUUUCUUAAUUUGCAUAAUUUUAGUUGUCUGUCAGCUAAAUGUAAAAAUAUUUAAACAAUUUCAACACCGUGAAAGAUGGGGUUAGAGCGCCUGCUUUGUGGGGCGCUGGAGUUCUACUCCAGACAAUUUCGACUUGUUAAUUUUCAGCACAAAGUCAGUGUCUUUCGAAAUGCGUCCAUGUGGGCACAGACUUCGCCGAGCAGCGGCGGGUCCAACCGAGUUUCACUUUUUUCUGAACUGUGCAAUAAGAUAUCCGUCCACACACGCCGCCUCGGUGCCGCUCACAGACAGCUGGCAGCACGCCGCAGUCUCUCCACCUCCGCCCAGCCCGUCAAAGAUGUCACCCUGUUCGAGCACGACAGGACCCGCUUCAUGAGGCUUCUGGUGGUCUGCUGUGGUGGACAGUUUGUCUUCUGGACAUACAUGGCUCACUUUGCCUACACCGGGCUCAGAGACACGAGAGGUGCUUCAGAAAAAGGGGAAAUCAAGGCGUCCACCACCGGGCUGGUUGGGAUGUGGCGUUUUGAUAUGAACCUGGGGUCAAACGCCUGGAGGUACGGCUUCACGAUGGGAUGCCUGGCAGUAGGAGCAGCGAUCGUUGGGCUUGGGACUCUGUUUUGCCGUCGCUCUGUAGGUCGAGUGGUUUUACAUCGAGGGGGUAGGAUGGUGACAGUUUCUACACAAUCACCUUUGGGACCAGGCCGAGGCCAGAGAAUAACAGUGCCACUGUCCCAGGUAACCUGUUACGCCCACAGACAGGAGUCCCCCGUAUUUAUCCCUCUCCGAGUGAAAGGAUACAGGCUCUACUUUCUUCUGGACAAAGAAGGGACGAUAAACAACGCAAGGCUGUUUGAUAUCACUGUUGGGGCCUAUAGGUCAAUUUAGGUUGGGUUUCCAUAAGUGUGUUGGGCACCAAUACCUAAUGUAAAACUGGUCAACAGAUGAGAGUUUACAUAAAUGGCCUGCCAGCGUCAUCUUGAUUGUAUCUCUUCAUUGAAAUAAAAUCAAAAACAUGGA